AUGCCUGCCUUUUUCCGAAGCGCCUUGGGCUCUCUUUCCUCAGCGUGUACUGACUGCGAACACACCAUCCAGCGCCUUGCCUCCAUCCCCAGCAAACUCUCCGCGGAUGGGAACAAGCGCUCCUCGACUGUGAAGCCGGCCAACAAGCCUUUCUCUUUCAACAACUAUGCCUUCAAGCCUGCGCCCCAGCCGAGCUCACCGCAUGUGCCCGUCGAUCCGGCCGAAUUGACCCGACGCCUGGAGCGCUACCUCGCUUCGUUGGAACCAGCAUCUGAUGCCGCAACGCUGCCCUCAAAACCCACCGCCAGCUCGGGGCAGGCGUCCUCAGCGGUUGCUGCACGAAACCCUGCUGGUCCCAGCCAGCAACAGAACAACAGUGGAUCCAAUCCGCAGUUGUCGAAGCUACGUACAGAGUCUGCCACGGCAUCGGCACAUUCGCUCGCUAGUCCAAGUUCGGGAGCUGCCGCAAGCCCCUCGAAAAAGCCUUCCAGAACAGCGCUUAACGGCGGCGCGGCGCUGUUGGCCUCGCGUACUGUCACCGAUUUGCCUCGGUCUGAUGAGGACCGGGCCACGCUGGAAGCGCUGCGUCAGGAGGCCAGGAGGGCGGCAAGGAGGUCAGUCGCGUUGCACGCGAGCAAAGGUCUCAAUGCACCCGUCGCGGCCGGGGAGCUCGCGAAGCGUUUAAGCGCCCUGAACGGCAGCGGAGUCGACCCUGCCGUGAGUGCAGCUGUGCUGGCGCGGAGGCCAUCACCUGCCCGGACCAACAGCGGCGGCGAUGUGAGACGCUCCUCAUCCGCCCGCGCCAACGAGAAGCGCACCCGCACUCCGGGACUCGACUUGCGCAAGUCAUCUUCGAUGCGCAUCGCCGAGGCUCGGAUCGCAGCGCUGGAACGCGAGCGUGAGAAGACACGGGCCAAGGAAACUCACGGCAACCGGAAGAGCGUGAGACGCUCCAUGCCCGUUGGUGUCGAUACGGACCAGCUGUGGCGUAUCUACGUAUCGACACAGCAUGGGGCAAACUCGCAGGCUAUGGCUAUGGAGCGCCAACAGUCGUUGCGGAAGAGCGCUAGCGCUAGAAAGACAAGACCCCUCAGCAAGAUCGACAUUGAUUUGGCAGGAACGAACGGAGGUAAAGUGCUACAGAAAAGCAGAAGCACCGGAUGCGUCGAGCAAGGUGACGGUACGCUGAUGAGCGGCGAUCCGGGCAAGACUGGUGAUUGUGUGCUUGCGAGACGCCCGGACUGGAGCCAAAGGGACGAGUUGGAAAAGCUGCCGCUUCAUUCCCCUCUACACUUGCAUUUUCCCGGGUUCGGCAGAAGAAGUAGUCUCGCCACGGAAACGCAGAGUGAGGAUGAAAGAGGCGUCUCGUCAGAUGCGGAGAGCAAGAGGAGGAGCAAAACGCCAGAGGUAAAGUCACGCUACAGGAGAAGUGUCUGUGUCGUCGGUGCCGCAAACCAGACUACAUCAUCAUCGGCAACAUCGCGACGCAGCCCACCGGAGCUACCGGGAGUGUUGCGCAUCCCCAGCCCACGCAGCUCGGGCGAUAUUGUCACUCUCGAACAAAUCUCUUCAUCAUCCCCACCGCUCUCAUCCGCCACCACUUCGCCUCCGAGCAUUACUCUCUCCCCUGUAGACUCACCGGACGCCAUUCCCAUGCAUAUCGGCUUCGGAACCACCACCGCUACCACCAAUAACAACAACAGAGUCUACCGCAGUAGCAGCAUGAGAAACAGCUCGCCACCUAUGCUCCCAGCCCUCCGCCACUCCUCGUCCUUCGAGGCACGGAUCCCGCAGCACCUAGUCCACUCCUCACCCGCGGACAGCCAGCGCCAUCAUCAGUCGUCAUCCCAUGCUCUCUUCACUAAAUCAUCAGGAGGAAAGCCUGCACCUAUGGCUCCCUUACCGGAAGUCACCGCUCUGCCUGCCCCCGAUCGGUCCUCAAAGAAAAGGCCGACCAUGCCCCCGAGGCAGAAAACCUCGUCAACAUAUAACCUCGCGGCGGCGACGGCGACGGCAGCCGCUGAAAACAAGGCUCGCGGGCAGCGAGAACAAGGAAGCGUCACAUCGCCCGCCUCGGCGGCGCCGUCUUCCGUGCCGUGGCCGGGUCCUUCUGCACCGGGGAGGGGAGGAAGAACGGUGAUGGGAGCCGCUAGCGGCGUGGCGCAGGGCCAGACCCAGCACCAGCACCCACGUGCCGCGAUGAGGGGAGCGAGAAGCCAGAGUGCGAUGGAGAUCAGGGUGAAAGCGGGUAGCAACAGCAACAGCAACGGCAGCAACAACAACAAGGCCCUCAACAGGAGGAAGAGCGUGACGUUUGCCUCGGCCACGGUCUCGUAUUCCGCUCCCACCUCCUAUGUGGGGGUAUCAAGCGGCGUGGGCAUCCUAAAGGAGGAGCAGCGGUCAGGUGCCGCCCGCAGGGGCAUCCAGCGGUCAUCGACCCUGCCGCCGCCACUGCCGAUUAAGAGCAGGGAUGGGGACGAAGGGAAGGCUAAGGAGAAGGAGAUCGAGCCCGGGAACAACAAUGCCGCCGCGAACGCGAAGACCCCGGCUCGACUGUCCUUUUGGCGCCGGGACAGCGGUAAGGUUGUUGAUGAAGUCAAUGCGAUGAGCAGCGGGGGGGAAGAACAUUCGAGCGGUGUGAAGAGCCCCAGUCGGCUGGCUUUUUGGAAGAAGGGGAAAUAA